UGAGUAUCUAUAGAUAUUUUUCUCAAAUUUAAAACAUAGGUCUACUUUAUAAAUACUCCUUGAAAACACAGAUUGUGUUUAUUUUUAUGGUAUAUUAUGGUGUAUACCUUUUUUAAAACAGAUAGUCAUAUCUAGUGCUGGAUGCGGAAGUCAUAAAGCAUGCUUCAGUAACCCUGAUGCUUGUGACCCAGCUAAAGACGUGAAGUGCUACUUCAUGUCGGCCAUGCCAUCGUCCGAUGUUUGGGAAAUCGCGUUUGAAAUCCACGGACGUGCAGAAGGCUUUGUCUCCUUUGGCUUUUCAGAUGACCAGAUUAUGGGUAACGAUGACAUCUACAUUUGUGUUCUGGACAGUACUGGUAGCAUUCAGAUACAGCAUGCCUUCUCUACUGGAAGAAGCAGACCAAAGAACGUUCCACUGGGCAAUGUUUCACAUAUAAGGACCUCGGCGAUGGAUGGAGUCAUCCGGUGCUCCUUUAGAUCGAGAAACCCCAUCAAUACUCCAAGGAUCUCAGGAAUGAAUAGCAGUUAUUAUCUGUUGUUUGCCUACGGAUCAAGUAUUGAUGGUGAAAUCCUGUAUCAUGGACAAAAUCGAUUUGUCAGCACAGCCCCAGUGGAUAUAAUAAAUCCACAGACUGUCAGAAAUAUGCAGCUUCCAGUGAUCAUUAAAGCCCAUGGUUGUCUGAUGCUCAUUACCUGGAUGUUUACUGCCAGCACAGGCAUGAUGAUUGCACGCUAUUUGAAGGCAGUCAUGGGAAAAGGUUGCUGUCACAAAGACUUCUGGUUCGUGGCUCAUGUGUCUUUAAUGUCCAUCUCAGUUGCUACAACCAUCACUGCAUUUGUUCUUGUUUUUGCACACGUUGGAGGCUGGAGUGGGGGGCUUCAUCCUAUAUUAGGAUCCUUGGUGCUGAUCCUCAGCCUAAUUCAACCAGUCGCAGCUGCUUUUCGAUGCGCACCUCAGCAUGAACGGCGAUACAUUUUCAAUUGGCUGCAUGUUGUCAACGCUGCUGUUGUGAAAGUGCUGGCAGUGGCAGCCAUGUUCACCGGCCUGUUGCUGAUCUGCACUUCGGACCGAUCUCUUCUUCAGGUUAUGGGAGGAUUCGUGGGCUGGGAGGUGCUGUUUUUUUUUCUCCAAGAGCUUCACAAGUACUUAAGAAAAAUGGAUGAUGAAGAGCAUGGUUUGGAAUUGAUCAGUGCUGAAACGACCCUCCUGAUCCUCUUCUUGCUUGGAAACCUGAUGUUCUUGGUGACUCUUCUGGCUGGAAUUAGCAUGAUUUAGAAUUGAUAAUUUGUGUAUACACUUUUCUGUCAUUUACA